GCGGCUCGGGGCGCCGGCGGGGCUGUGCCGCUCCUGACUCGGCGUGGGCCCCGCGCCAUGGGGAGCAGCCGCGGCGGGCGGCUCGCCUGAGGCGGCGGCGAUAGCGGAGGGAGGGCGCGGCACUGCCGAGGGAGCCCCGCCGCGGGGGCCGCGACCCGCGCCGCCGGGGAUGCUGCGCUGGGUCCGGCAGCAGCUGGGUUUUGACCCACCGCAUCAAAGCGACACAAGAACUAUUUAUAUAGCAAACCGUUUUCCCCAGCAUGGCCAUUAUGUCCCUCAGAAGUUUGCAGACAACAGAAUCAUAUCAUCCAAGUAUACAGUGUGGAAUUUUGUUCCAAAAAACUUAUUUGAACAGUUCAGAAGAGUAGCCAACUUUUAUUUUCUCAUUAUAUUUUUGGUUCAGCUUAUGAUAGAUACCCCAACCAGUCCUAUUACCAGUGGAUUGCCAUUAUUCUUUGUCAUAACUGUGACAGCCAUAAAACAGGGCUAUGAGGACUGGCUGCGACAUAAAGCAGACAAUGAAGUCAAUGGUGCUCCAGUUUAUGUUGUUCGAAGUGGUGGCCUUGUGAAAACCAGAUCUAAAAACAUUCGGGUGGGGGACAUUGUCAGAGUAGCCAAAGAUGAGACUUUCCCUGCUGAUCUGGUGCUCCUGUCGUCCGACCGAGUGGACGGUUCAUGCCACGUUACCACUGCAAGUUUGGAUGGAGAGACCAAUCUCAAGACACAUGUUGCAGUCCCAGAAACAGCAGUGCUGCAGUCUGUUGCCAACCUGGACAAACUGGUAGCUGUUAUAGAGUGUCAGCAGCCAGAAGCAGAUCUAUACAGAUUUGUUGGAAGAAUAACUGUAAGUCAACAAGCUGAAGAAAUAGUACGACCUCUUGGGCCUGAAAGUCUCUUACUUCGUGGAGCAAGAUUAAAAAACACUAAAGAAAUAUUUGGUGUUGCUGUGUAUACAGGUAUGGAGACAAAGAUGGCAUUAAAUUACAAGAGUAAAUCUCAGAAACGGUCAGCAGUAGAAAAGUCCAUGAAUUCCUUUUUGAUUAUUUAUCUAAUAAUCCUCCUCUUUGAAGCCAUUCUUAGCACUAUUUUAAAGUAUGCAUGGCAAGCUGAAGAGAAAUGGGAUGAGCCUUGGUAUAAUGAAAAAACAGAGCAUGAAAGAAACAGCAGUAAGAUCCUGAGAUUUAUUUCAGAUUUUCUUGCUUUUCUGGUACUUUACAAUUUUAUCAUACCCAUUUCACUCUAUGUGACCGUUGAGAUGCAGAAAUUUCUUGGAUCAUUUUUUAUUGGCUGGGAUCUUGACCUCUAUCAUGAAGAAACAAACCAGAGAGCACAAGUAAAUACUUCAGACCUCAAUGAGGAAUUGGGACAGGUAGAGUAUGUGUUUACAGACAAAACUGGUACAUUAACUGAAAAUGAGAUGCAGUUUCGGGAGUGCUCUAUUAAUGGCAUAAAAUACCAAGAGGUCAAUGGUAAACUAACUCCAGAAGGAUUUUCUGAAGAUUCUCCAGAUGGAAAUAGGCAUGGUUUGGUGAAAGAGGAAGAGCUCUUCUUGAAAGCAGUUUGUCUGUGUCAUACAGUGCAGAUCAAUGCAGAUCAGACAGAUGGCGCUGAUGGUCCCUGGCAUGCCAAUGGAAUAACAGCCCCCCUGGAAUAUUAUGCUUCUUCCCCAGAUGAGAAGGCUUUGGUGGAAGCUGCGAGCCGGGUUGGAGUAGUAUUUACUGGAAUUAGUGGAGACAGUAUGGAAGUAAAAAGUCUUGGAAAACCAGAGAGGUAUAAAUUGCUUCAUGUUUUGGAGUUCGAUCCAAAUCGCAGACGAAUGAGUGUCAUUGUAGAGAGUCCCUCAGGAGAGAAGCUUUUAUUCACAAAGGGAGCAGAAUCUUCCAUUCUUCCUCGUAGUAAGAGUGGAGAAAUAGAUAAAACAAGGAUACAUGUGGAUGAAUUUGCUUUGAAAGGCCUAAGAACUUUGUGUGUGGCCUACAGAAGAUUCACACCCGAGGAGUACCAAGAAAUUGGCAAACGCCUUCAUGAGGCCAGGACUGCCUUACAGCAGCGGGAGGAGAGAUUAGCAGAUGUGUUCAACUUCAUAGAAAGGGAUCUGGAGUUACUUGGGGCUACAGGAGUAGAAGACAAACUGCAGGAGAAAGUCCAAGAGACUAUAGAAGCCCUCAGGCUGGCUGGUAUCAAAGUGUGGGUGCUCACUGGAGACAAGCACGAAACAGCUGUCAGUGUCAGUUUAUCCUGUGGACACUUUCACAGAACCAUGAACAUCCUUGAGCUUGUGCAGCACAAGUCAGACAGUACCUGUGCAGAACAGCUGAGGCAGCUAGCCAAGAGAAUAAAGGAAGACCAUGUUAUCCAGCAUGGACUGGUUGUGGAUGGGACCAGCCUCUCUCUUGCACUCAGGGAACAUGAAAAACUGUUCAUGGAAGUUUGCAAAAACUGUUCUGCAGUGUUGUGCUGUCGCAUGGCACCCCUUCAGAAAGCAAAGGUGGUUCGACUGUUAAAAACCUCUCCAGAGAAGCCCAUAACGUUGGCCAUUGGAGAUGGUGCUAACGAUGUGAGCAUGAUCCAGGAGGCACAUGUUGGCAUAGGAAUCAUGGGCAAGGAAGGACGGCAAGCUGUAAGAAACAGUGACUAUGCAAUAGCACGGUUUAAAUUCCUCUCCAAGUUGCUUUUUGUUCAUGGGCACUUUUACUAUAUUAGAAUAGCAACCCUUGUACAGUACUUUUUUUAUAAGAAUGUGUGCUUUAUUACACCACAAUUUUUAUAUCAGUUCUUCUGUUUGUUUUCACAACAAACGCUCUAUGACAGUGUCUACCUGACUUUGUACAAUAUUUGUUUCACUUCCCUGCCUGUCCUCAUCUACAGUCUUUUUGAGCAGCAUGUGCACCCGCAUGUAUUGCAGAGUAAGCCUGUGCUCUACAGAGACAUCAGUAAAAAUGCCCAUCUGGGGUUUAAACCAUUUCUUUACUGGACCAUCUUGGGCUUCUUUCAUGCAUUUGUUUUCUUUUAUGGCUCGUAUCUUCUAAUGGGAGAAGACACUUCUCUGCUGGGAAAUGGCCAGAUAUUGAAACCUAACAGACAAAUGAUGUUUGGGAACUGGACAUUUGGUACUUUGGUCUUCACCGUUAUGGUUAUAACUGUUACGAUGAAGAUGGCACUAGAAACUCACUUCUGGACAUGGAUAAACCAUUUUGUUACUUGGGGAUCCAUUGUAUUUUAUUUCAUAUUCUCCUUGUUUUACGGGGGAAUUAUCUGGCCAUUUUUACAUACCCAGGACAUGUACUUUGUAUUUGUUCAACUGUUGUCAAGUGGUUCUGCUUGGUUUGCCAUAAUCCUCAUAGUAGUCGCUUGUUUGUUUAUUGAUGUUGUGAAGAAAGUGCUGUACAGACAUCUGCAACCAACAAGUACUGAAAAAGCUCAGAUGUACUCCAACAGAGUUGCUUUAAGUGACGAGUUCAUCGCACUGCAGCCAUUGUCCAGGGCAAGGAAUCAGCUGAGCAAAAUUAGCUUACUGAGGCAGGUUCAGGUAUCAACUGCUUGGACUCCAUGUGCUGCUUCUCAGAUGGGGAAACAGCAUGCACAUCUGUUAGAAGAAUGCUGGAACGACUGAUGGGAAGGUGUAGCCCAACCCGGGUCAACAGUGUUUGUAAGGUUACCGAAGAAACUUGCAUUUAAACAAUUCAGGAAGGACUUAAGAAUCCAUCCCUCGGCCAAGGUAUAUUUUUCUAUUUGCAGUACAUUUAAGUCAGUAAUGUCUCAUUGAGUGCAUAGAUGUGAUUUGCCAGAUUUUUUUUUUUGAUGUGACAAAUAUUUUGUGUGGAAGUCACUGGGGUUUUGUGUUGAUAUCACAAAUCUUUUAAAAAUGCUCCUAUUCAGGGAAGAAAGACUUUGUGUAUUUCUUUGAUGGCUGAAGUGUAGGAGCCAGUUCCUUCAUGAGGGAAACUGAAAAAUCCAGCUAAAAUUUAGUGUAAUGCUGGCAUUCACCUCCCAGUGUGGAUGUGAACGGGUGGGGGAGGCUUUGCCAUGGGGAGGAAAAGUUUUAUUAUUUACCUUUUAGCCUUGAAAUCCAUAAAAGCCUGUAGUAGAUGUUUGUAGUUCAAAGCAAGAGUGGUGUACACUCACUUUACUAUGCAGUGUUCCUUAGGAAGCACCUUCUCCACAGCAGCUCCCCAAUGGGAUCGUGUUCUCUGCAGGUCAGUUCUGCCUCUGGGAAAAACAGGGUUUGGUUUUGUUACUUAGGAAAACAAUUUUAGUUGCCAAACUCAUGCUUUUAAGAGGAUGCAGUGGAAAAAAACCCCGAGAUGUUCUGAAUUGGUUGAAAACUAAAGUAUAAAUAUUCUGUUUUAAAAUACUCUGUAUUUUUUUAAGAUUACAGCAGGGAAGGGGGAACAGAGGCUUCAAAGGGAGGAAUUCUAAAAACUUUGAGUUUUCAUUUUCAGAAUGAUUUGAGAAAAGCUUUUGCAACUUAGAAUGCAUAUUAAGCGCCUAUAAUUUCUUAUAGGAGUAAAAUACCAUUUUCUAGUGCUGGAAGUGUCUCAAAGCUGCAGCCUAAAUUAUUUUUCAUAGUUCUAUCUGCUAUUGCUCUACUUCUAAAUAUCUGUUAUUUUGGUGAAAUUCAGUCUUCCAAAGAGCUCAAGCAAAAUGUGCUUUUGAACCACUUAUUUUGAGGUCAUUUUGUUUUUGUGUAGAAUCCCUAAUACCUCACCAUUUUCACUGCCAUCACCACUGCUGUUUUACACAGAUUGUUACACAGAUGUCACUGCUUAAAGGAGCCGUUCGUAGAGCUGGGCAAACCUCUCACCAGGGCCUCAUUUUAGCCUUUGUCCUGUUCCUGUAUUAUUUCCCAGCCAGACUCUCUCCUUUGCAGCUCUGGGAUGGGAAUUUUUUCUGCAAAUGUUUUUACUGUUGGUUGUUUCGCACGUUCCUUGCUCCUGUUGUUGGCUCCCAGUGGCGCAUUUGGUUUCUGCUCUGGGAACGCCUCGGUUUGGAGCAGGAGCAGGGCUGGGGUGCCGGGGAUGCUCUGUUGGCUCUCGCCACGGGAUGUGCCAGGGCUCUGCUUUCCAUGGGUUUCUCUCUCCCUUCAGCUCAGUGCUGCUCCUAAGGCGUGGGACUGGCUCAGAGCCGUGUGUGCUGCCGGAGGGCAGCGAGGCCGAGGGUGAAGAGCUCUGCGGGACACGCGGGGACAGAAACGCGCAGCUCUCGGAGGCACAGAGCGCGGCUCGGCUGGAAGAGACCCUGGCGGGCACCUCCAUGGCCUGGGGGUUUUUUCAUCUCUCCUCAGCAGUUUUCGAGGAAAUUACUUCAAACUGCAGCAAGUUCUCACCCUGUUUAGGUUUUGACAACAGGGUGAAAGAUGGUCUGUGGAGCAUGCAGUUGAAAAUGGUUAAAAAUGAGGCACACCUUGCUCCAGGAGGAUCUUAAUUUAUAUCUCAAAGAAUAUAUUUUUGCAGUUCCUAGUUGCAGUCCCCAUGACAGAUUUCAGGUUUUAUGCAUAGAAGAAUAACAAAUCAUCUAGACUCCUGUUUUUUCACUGAAGAGGAAUUGAGCUUGCUUCUCUGAAGAAAACAAGUGGAAUGGUUUCAUCUCUGCAAGAAGUACCGUUUAAAAGCUGUUGAUCCUUAAUUUUAGGCAGAUUAGGGGCAUUGCCCACUGGAAAUGAGCAAUAAGUCAUACAAAGAAUUUUGGACCUCUGACACUGUGGCUGCCUCAUGUUAUUUUUGCUCCUCUGUCAGUGAGGCCGUGUGCUUGCUCCUUGUACAGCUUGGUCAGUAGUUGUUUUGAAAAUGGUUUAUGAGAAUUAUAUUUAUUAAAUAAAAUUUUCACUUCUAGCUGAGUCAUUGUUUUAAUUAUGUAAGUGGUAGAGGAAAAUACAGCAGAGCAAAGCCAGGGUUGCUGGACCCUGGCCCAGGAAUAGUCAGGAGCAGGGCUGGAGAAAUCACCAGCAAGAAAAAGGUAACAAAGCUGGGCCUGUCUCCACAAUUUUUACAGCCCCCUCCUCUCUCACCCUCCCAGGUUCCUUACCCUAAUUUGAUUUAUUCCUCAGACUCCUGCCACUUUUCCUUUGAACACUGAAAAAGGCUUGAAAUGGUAUAUUCCACAAAAACAGAGUUGAGUUUAGAAAAGAAACAGCUACAGCUGCAGUUUCAUGCAAAACAUUCAAAUUGCAUUUAAUUCCAGAAAGUGGGUGUUGAGUUUUCUACCAGUUUAAAUGGUCAGACUUGGGCCUGAGGUACAGGUGCCUAUUUAGGAGCGAAACUCUUGGUGUUUAUUUUCUGCAGAUACUUUAGUACAUGUUGGUAUUAAACCUGCUCCAUAUUUACAAAGCUAAGGCAUGUUUUUGAUAGAUGAAAUUAUAAUUACAUCAAGUAUUUCAUGGUGCGGGGUCAACUGCUGGAGAGCUCAGAGGCCUGAAGGGCAUCACUGGUUUUUGUUUAAAAGCCAACCCAGACAAUUUACCAUCCUCAAAUAAAAUCUACAGAGACUUCUGGCAACAUUAUUUAAAUAAGAGUGUGAAUGACAAAAGUUUAUUAAAUGCAUUCUUUUAAAAAAUUAUAACUUUCUUAAAUAAGGAUGUCUCAGUAUGGAUUUCAUUGUGAAACAGUUUUGAGGCAAGUCAUAAG